AUGGCGAGCAGUGGCGCCGGCGGCGGAAAGGUCUCUUUCAAGGUCACUCUCACCUCCGAUCCCAAACUUCCGUUUAAAGUGUUUAGCGUUCCGGAGGCAGCACCAUUCACUGCAGUUCUGAAAUUUGCCGCUGAGGAAUUCAAAGUCCCUCCUCAAACUAGUGCUAUCAUCACAAACGAUGGUGUGGGAAUUAAUCCUCAACAAAGUGCAGGUAAUGUAUUUCUCAAACAUGGCUCGGAAUUGCGCUUGAUUCCUCGCGAUAGGGUUGGUGCUUAUUGGAGGUCAUCUAAUGCUCAGAUAGAAAAUGGUUUACCUCAUCUUAAGUCACGCAGCAAAUUACCCAGCACCUUUUCAUGUGGGAAGAUUUUCAGUAUACUCCUAAAAAGUAACCCAAAAUUCAAAUCCUGA